GGCAAACCGUCCCGUUCCGUUGGCUCGAACGAGCCUCGUGCAGGUGCAGCGCAAGUGGUGGCCGCUGCUGCCCUAUAUAACACGCGCAACGCAAAGAUUGCCCUCCAAAUCCAGACGCCUAGCGUGCUAGCCAUCUCCAUCCUAGGCCGCAACUGCUAGCAACCAUGGCCACCACCACUUGAGAGAGAGAGCGGGGAGAGAUAGAUCAGAGAGCUAGCUAGCUAGUUCGCAGCCCCGUCGCUGUCACCGCGUGGCUUCGUUCCUUCUUACCAAGGUCGCCGUCGCUCCAGGCCACCGAUCCCGUCCAUCCGCACGUACGGUUGCACCGUCGCGCUCGCGCCAUUACCCAUCCCCAGCUAGCUCGCUGUCUUGGCUCCUCCCUCCUCCGGAACUAGCAAGCUACUCGUAGCUGCGGCCGGCCAUGAGCGUGAAGCCGCAGCCGCCGUCCUCGUCGACGGCGGGCGCCUUCUACGCGACGCUGGCGCGGGGGCUCGACGACCUGGACCGCUCGCUGGCGUCGUCGGCGUUCCUGUCGCUGCCGUCGCUCCGGGCCGCGCUGGCGCUGCUCCGCGCCGCGCACGCGGGCCUGGCGCGCCUCGUCGCGUCGCUCCACCUCCCGGGCGGCGCCGCCUGGCUGGACGAGUACAUGGACGAGGCGUCCAGGCUCUGCGAGGCUUGCCGCGCGCUCCGCCUCGGCGCCGCCGCCGUCGAGGGGUUCGCAGCCAGCGCCGCCCAGCUCGCCUCGCUCCUCAUGCAGGCGCCGCCAUCCAGCCCCCACCUCUCGCGCCAGCAGGUGGCGCGCGCGAUCAGCGUGUGCAGGAGGGAGGCCAUGGCGCUCAAGGAGGAGAACCGCGCGCUGGCCGAGGCGCGCGCGGAGGCGCUCGCGCUCUGCCUCAGCGAGGGCGUCCCCGCCGACGCCAAGCUGGGCGGCUUCAACGGCUUCCGCGGCGUGCUCUGCGCCACCAGGAUGCUCACCUCGUUCCUGCUCACGCUCCUCUCCUGGGGCGUGCUCCACUACUGGGCCGACCCCAGCGCCGGCGCCGGGGCCGCCGGGGACUGCGCCGCCUACUUCGGCUCGGCGUUCGCGUCCGCGCUGGCCCGCGCGCAGCAGCGCGCCGCGGCGGAGGCCGGCCGGUCCGUGGCCGCGGCGGGCGGCGGCGGCGCCGGGGUGAUGAUGCACGAGUUCCGGCGCGCGCGCGCGGCCGUGGAGGAGGCGAAGGAGGCCGCGGAGCGCGGCGGCGACCUGGCGGCGGCCGCAGCGGAGGUGGGCCUGCGCGCGGGCGCCCUCCGGGCCGCGUGCGAGGACGUCCUGGCGCUGAUCGACGACCUGUUCGACGAGGUGGUCGAGGCGAGGAAGAAGCUGCUGGACCUCUGCAGCGGCGGCAACUGAGCGGCCGGCCACGAGUACAGGAAACCCCAUGGCCUCCCUCAUGAGCCGCCUGCAUUGCAGUGGCAGUAGCUCAUGCCAGAGCAGGAGAGGCCCUGGUGGUUGGCAUCCUGUGUCCCUUCCUUCUUCCUCGAGUGCCUCUCUUGUUGCUUCUUCUCUCUCUGUAGUAGCCAUGACAGUCCUUGGGCAUGUCUGAUCAUAAAUGCACUAGCACCUACAAGUGAAUGCAAAAAGAAAAAAAAAAGAAGCGAGACUUGAAAACAGUAGUGCUCUUCUACUAUGUGGUAGCCAACAGAUAAUCCUAGGUUUCUGAUGAAGUGAUCAUCAAGGUUUAACUUUGGCAGGUUGACUUCACGAA